AUGGCGAUGCCGCCGAAGUCCGGUGAGCCGCCGAAGCCCCCGCCGGGGCGCAGCCCCAACCUCAACCUACCCUGCCCGCUGCCGCCCAUCCCCGGCGGGGCUCAGCAAGGCCAUUCCUCCGCGACGGCGCCGGCGCGGUCCCAACACCGCCGCGCCAGAUCUGAGGUGGCCUUCCGCUUCCCGGACGCCGACGGCGGGGGCUUCGACGAGAUCGGAUCCGAGGACGACCUCUUCUCCACUUUCAUGGACAUGGAGAAGAUCGCUGGCGGCGGCGCCGACCGUGACCGCGCCGCGGAGACGUCCUCCUCGCCGCCCCGGCCCACAAAGCACCGCCACAGCGCCUCCUUCGACGGGUUCGCCAUGGGGUGCGGCGGCGCCCCUGGGAAGCAUCAGGAUGGCGGCGGAGGGUUGUUCGCCGAUGUUCUGGAGGCGAAGAAGGCCAUGUCCUCCGAACAGCUCUCUGAGCUCGCCUCCGUCGACCCCAAGCGUGUCAAAAGAAUUCUAGCGAACAGACAGUCUGCAGCUCGGUCCAAGGAAAGAAAGGCUCGAUAUAUGACAGAAUUAGAGCGGAAGGUUCAAACUCUUCAAACUGAGGCUACUACUCUUUCGGCACAACUGACACUAUUUCAGAGAGACACAACCGGACUUUCUGCAGAAAACACAGAGCUCAAAAUAAGGUUGCAGGCCAUGGAGCAACAAGCUCAAUUGCGUGAUGCUCUGAACGAUGCACUGAAGCAGGAAGUAGAGAGGCUUAAGAUUGCUACAGGUGAGACGUCAAAGUGUGAUGAACCAUAUAAUAUGGGAAUGCGUCAUGUCCCAUACAAUCCGUCUUUCUUUCAACUCUCCGAGCAACACACAGCUCAGCACGAUGCAAGUGUUCAUCAGCUGCCACCCCAAUUCCAAUCACCUCAUCCCAAUGUCCCAAGCCACCAGAUGCUAUCCCACCCCAAUACCUUCUCAGAUAUGAUGCAGCAAGACUCACUUGGGCGGCUUCAGGGGCUGGACAUUGGCAAAGGAUCAGCAGCUGUGAAGUUGGAGGCAGAGGUUGCAGGAAAGUCGGAGGGCAGCUCCAUAUCUGCAGGUUAAAGCGGUAGCACCUUCUAAUUAUAGACCUACCGCAAACACGACACACUUCUUUUAUUUAGAUUUAUCUGUUCAUAGUCUGACAUCCUUGAACUGCUUCCGUCACCCCUCUAGGCAUCAUUUUUAUCCAAGCUUCUGUUUACUUGCAUUGAUUGGUUGUAAGACCUUGAUAUGUUUUUUGGGGUUCAUUUAUUGUUUGUUGUGUGUUGUUUCUAAGUUAGGGGGGACUGGACAAACAGCCUGUAUUUUUUUUUCCUUACCUCAGCUUAUCAAUCACGGGUUUUCAGUU